AUGGCUACCAUGUGGUUCUUUUUAAGUGUAUCUAGUGUUCUCAUAAUUUGUGCUAAAGGUCAAGAGUUAUCUUUACCUAGAGUCAAUAUAACUCAAGGAACUGUAGUUGGGUCAGUUAAGUCAGUAGCUGUAAAUGAAAGUCAUUUCGAAUUCUAUGGAAUUCCUUAUGCUGAUUCCACCGCCGGUACUAACAGGUUCAAGGCACCUACUGCUCCGCCAACUUUUGAAAGUGAAUUCAUAGCAAAUCGUAAAGGUGUCAAAUGUGUUAGAGCUUUAGGUGUUGGCUAUGAAGGUACUGAAGAUUGCUUAGUUGUAAAUAUCCUUACAUCGAGCCUAGAUAGUAAUAAACGAUUACCAGUGAUGGUAUGGCUACAAGGCAAAGAGUUAGACAACGCGCAUGACCCAGAUUUGUCUUUUAAAAAAUUCAUAGAAAAAGAUGUCGUUAUAGUGAACAUAAACUACCGCGAAUCAGUUUUAGGAUUUUUAUGCUUAGGUACUGAGGAAGCCCCGGGUAAUGCUGGACUAAAAGAUAUUAUCGCUGGAUUAAAGUGGAUUCAACAAAAUAUUGCCGCAUUUGGUGGAGAUCCAAACAAUGUUAGUAUAUUUGGACAUGGAAGUGGUGCAUCUGCCAUUGAUUUAAUUACCCUUUCUCCAUCAGCAGAGGGUCUUAUUCAUAAAGCUAUAGCACAAAGUGGAAACGCUCUAGCACCAUGGGCUGUCACACGUAAUAAUAUAAAAUAUGCCGUUCAAGUAGCGGAAGCUCUUGGCCACACGGUUCCUGAUAUAGAGACAUUAUCAAACGUUUUAUCACGCACAAAUGUAGCAGCACUCAUGGCUGUUAUAAAUGAACUUGAUCUAACAGAUAAUUCGUUAGCUUUUGCACCAUGUAUAGAAAGAAGUAUUGAAAAUGUUGAAGCUGUACUAUUAACAUCCCCAUAUAAAACUAUUAUGGAAGGUAAGCAACUGCAAAUUCCAUUCAUGACUGGUUUUGUUGACUAUGAGGGAACAGUUAGAGCAGAUCGAGCUCUUAAUGGUGAUUGGUUAACAAGAAUGGAUGAAUCUUUUGAAGAUUUUCUGCAACCAGAUUUACAUUUUAUAAAUGAAGAACAAGAAAAGGAAGUGUCAGAAGCAAUAAAAAGAUUUUAUUUCAAAAAUGAAUCCAUAAAUACAGAUAACUUGAAUGACUUUUUACGUUAUAACGGUGACACAAUGAUAUUAAUAUCAGCUAUUAGAGAAGCUCGUAUGAGAGCUGCUUUAUCUGAUGUUCCAGUAUAUUUAUAUCAAUUUUCAUACAGUGGUGCUCUUAGUGAAGUACUUGAAAGACCAUUGCCAAUUAAAAGCGCAGGUCAUAAAGAGGAAUUAAUUUAUAUGUUCUACGACGAAAAUAAUUCCGAAGCAACCAGUUAUGAUUUGGUAGUUAGUGACAUACUCGUAGAGCGGUGGACUAAUUUCGCGAAAACCGGUGUGCCAUCGAGUGUUACAUCUCAAACCACAUGGCAACCAUACACUCAGAAUAAUACCUAUUACCUACGAGUGCUUGAUGAUGAAGAAGUAAAUGCGAAUGGAAUUUCUAAUUUUGAUAUAGAACUUCAAAAUCCGCAUCCUGAGUUAUUGGCUUUUUGGGAUGAUAUUUAUGCUAAGUACUUCAAUGAUGCAGAGAGCAAAUGGAGUUUAGGUGAUAGAAACGACGGCGAUAAUGACGACGGUGGAAAUGACGAUGAAGAUGAAGAUGAUGAUGAAGAUGAUAAUGAUGAUGAUAAUGAUGAUGAUAAUGAUGAUGUACCUGAUUCCGCAUCCACUGCUGUAGGAUAUACAUUUUCAAUACUCGCUCUAUUUGCAAUGUUAGAUAAGUUCCAUAUGUUC